AUGGACGACUAUAGAGAUGACGAAGAGUUGGACGAUUUUAUCGUUUCGGAAGGGGAAGGAAACGAUAAGGGUGAGACUCAGAAACAGCCUGAGAGCCCCAAGUCUCCUGAACUAGAUCGUAUUGGUGACUUGACUUCUUCCUUGAAGGUACAUGAAUCUUAUACUUCCAAAGUCCUAAGAGCUCAUAUUUCAGUCUUGGUAUCUGCUUUAGGUGGCCCAGACCACUCUACAGAUGAUGGUCUAUAUAAAUUGGGUCACGAUGCUUUGGCUUGUUUGAAAGAUAUCAAACGUUGGCUCAGAAGCGUUGACGAGAAGAAUGGGUCCUUCGAUGUCGCCUUGGCUUGUUCCGAUUGUGGCCUUGUUACAAAUGAUUUGACCGUUAUCCUUUGCCAGUGGUUUAAGCCUUCCGGAAAGCUCAAGAAAACCAAAUCUGUUGAGAAGAUCAUGUUAUCUUCUCUAGAACUUUUGGUCUUGCUCACUUGGCCUAUAGACGUGAACCGCAAGACUCUUUUGAAAGAUUACACUGCCAGAACUAAUACCAAACGCGCUCAGUUGGUUUACAAGCAUCACAUUCUCAAUUAUAAACUGGGUCUCACCCUCAAGGCUGUUAUUAGUCUCGGUUUAACUGCUCUCACGACGCCUAAAGAAGACAGAGAACCUAGAGACGUCAACAUUUUGCGUCUCAUUCUAUUCUUCAUUCGGAAUAUACUUUACAUCGAACCAUUACCUCCAUCAAAAGCCCCCAAGGGCUUCACUAAUUCUGCUGAAUUACCAAAUGGUAUGAGUGAGGAUGACAUCAGCACCGGCUCGGUACUUGCAGCAUUCGAGAAGCACAAAGUUCUCCUUUUCCUUACAUCUAUCGCACAUUCCGUUGAAUCGGAUCUCACAGAUGAAUCUUUUGGUCAAGUCGUCAUGGAAUGCUUAUCUCUUAUAACUAAGGGAGUUGGUCCAAGCGUCUUGUUUCAUCAACCACAAAGACGCGGUAACCCAUCUAACCCACUGCAGUCGGCCACAGAAGUUGCUCCUGCUUCAAGUGCUGCUGGACUUCACCUUGAAGACCUCUUGAAUGAAGAAGAUAGGCGAAAGAAAGUACAAAGAAACUCUAUUUCUACCAGGCAUGGUAGGUUCGGAACGCUUCUAUCGAUCAGAACUCCAGAUGACUCCGGUUACUACACUGUUUCAGGCCAAGAGGCUUUAUCAAGUACUCACACAACCUUGGAUAAGCUUGACAAGACUAAGAAAUGGCAUAAAAUGGCUACGUUCAAAUAUGAUUCGAACGAUUAUCUCAAGAAACGUCCCGUUCACUUGAAUCUAUCCAGUCAGUUGAUUUUAAAGCGUUUCGUGAAUGAACUCUUGGUUAGUGGAUGCUUCAAUAUCCUUCUUCGUUUUGUCGGCCAAACUUUGACGAGCGCAUCGAAUGAAAGUGCGCUUGGAAGAGCUGGUAUUCUUGAUGUCAUCGACGGUCAUGAUUUAGCAUCCUACUUCAUGACCCUUGCGUGGUUUCUUCAGUACAAGCGUGAGCGUCAUGCUUAUUACAUUGGGAAUAACCAAACCCCGCUUGAUGACGAAGAUGGCCUUGAUUAUGGGUCGGUUGGUGAAGCACUCAAUGAAGUCAAUUUCAUCUUGUUGAUUUCGUAUUUUCGAUCUGCUUUUGAUGGUAAGGACCAUGAUUCCCUUCACGUGGCUAUGAUUUGUUUCCGGGAAAUGCUUCUUAUUUCUCAUACCAUCUUUACAAAAGCUCGAAGUGAAAAGGAAAUUGAACUUGCUUCCGAGGAUGAUGUUAAUGAAGACCGUGAAUUGGCAGAGGGAAUUAUUAGAAAGCUCUUUUCUCAAAAGCAAUUUCUUGAUGUUGUCAUUAAUAUCCCCAAGCAGGCAUCGAAGCAUUCUCCUGAAUAUUUGAAGGUUGUGGUAUCCAUUGUUCACAUCUUGCUCAAGUGUUUCGAGAGUUUAGCUAAUGAAGAUGUCAAGUUAUUUAUCAAGACACGCCGAAAGAUGAGCAAGCUAGGUCGGAAUGGCGGCCUUAAUCGGGAUAUGGACAAACAGCAUUGGCAUCUUAUUGACAAGGACUCGGACGAUGAGGAUGAUGAAGCAGAAAUUAAGUACAUCACUCAGGAGAGGAAGCUUGAUUUUAAAAACACUGAAGUGAAAUUCUUCCACGCUGAUACUGUUUCAACGCACAUCCAGUACUUAUCAAAAUUCGAAGAUCUCUCUCGAGAGGAGAUAAAGAAGGGUAUAUCCUAUUUCCAUCGAUUGUUUGUUGUCAGGAAGGAUUUCUCGUCGUUGUACAGACUUGACUUCAUGAACAUCAUUUACCGUUUGAGGCUGUUUCUACCGAAAGGCUCGAGCAUAAGGAAGCAUGUCGAAGAAUUCAUCGUUUACUUCAUGAAGAAGUUUAAGACUGCCUUCGAAAGAUUUCCUGUUCCGGUUGAGAUAAUGUUUCCUCGCUUUGAAAACUUGGAUCUUAAAAGUUAUCUCAGUACGGGUGACCUUGACUUGUCCUCCAGCAAAUCGUCAUCGUCGACUGGGACUGCCAAUCGGUCUAGUUAUUUUGACGAUGACGCCCCGCAGCCAAAGGAAGCUCCUCUUCUUGAAUUUAUUGACAACAAUAAAUCCCUUGAUGAAAAGAUUUCCAUUCUUGUCUACCACAUGAUGAAGAAGAAUAAUGCUUCAAAAGUCUUUGACUUCGUUACUCGGGAAUUGAACAGGCUUGCAAACCUCAAGAAUCAGAACUUGCAAAAUCUUAUGCUCAAGCUCACGUUGGCCAACAGAAGACUCGUCAUCAACGAUUCUUACCUCAGACUACUUCUUGAGUCUAUCGGCUUUGAACUUGCAUUCGUUCAAAAUGAUGAAACUGUCCUCAAGCCAGAAAUAUCCGCGGCUCAGCUCCUCGAAGCUGAAGAUCUGAUUAAGAAAUGGGUACGUUUCCACAAGGGCAACACCGGAGAUCUUGAGCCAUACCUUGACCAAACACGUAAGACGCUCUUCAGUGAAGAAGAAUUACGUUUUGGUGCACAAGCAUACUCCAACUUAAGGAUCGGUGCACCGUACGAUGAGCUGGUCGCUGCUAGUUUACAAUUGGAUGAUGGACAAGUUAAAAAGCUUAUUGGUUUAGCGAAAAGAAAAGAGUUUGACGAGGCCUACCAAUUGAACCGUUAUGCUGAAGAUAAUGACUAUAACCCUGAGAACGGAAAUUACGAAACAGAUCAAGAGGCUGAACAGGAUGAGGAGGAACCUACAAAUUCUGUUAAACCAAGAAAAAGACGGACAAAGAAGUUAAUGAGUUUGGAUGACGAACUGGACGAUGAAUCUCCCAAGAGCCGUUCCAAAGCACGCCGCCGGCGUAGGGUUGCCCCUGAUCUUGGUAUUGACUCCGACAAUGAGCCAACUAUUAGUAAAUCUGCUGAGAUAGUGAACGACUCUGAUGACGAUUCUGAUGACGAAAGAGUCCAGACCUUUUUCGAUCGUGAAGAGAAACUUAGACAGCUUAUUCAGGAAACUGGUGGUGUUCUUCAGAAGGAGCAGCUUGAAAUAUUCAAGCAGUCAUGGGAAAAAAUUGUCUCUGCUGGAUCUGGCUCUCAAGUGAAAGAAGCUAUUAAAUCAGCUAACAAGCUAUUUGUCGAGGAGGAAGAUGAUGAAGAACCUUCCAUAUCACAGGUUGAUACCCCCUUACUUCUGCUAAUGGAGAUGCGAGCGAAGCAAAAGAGAUUAUCGUUUGGGGAAGAUGAAGACCAAGAAGAAGUAUACGCGAGGGAGAACGCUAGAAGUACGAAAAGAAGAGCUUUGAUUUCUGAUGAGGAUAGUGAUUAA